UUGACAUGCAUAUAAAUUUAUCAAACAUUUAUUCCUACGAAUUUAGAAAUUUAAGAACUCCAACUUCCACAGCAAAUAUCCAGUUGUUUUCCAAAAUGGCAUCCGACGGAGGUCUGAAAGUUGACAAUCCUGGUGAAACUAUUGAUUCUUUAAAUAAAGAAGUAGAAAAUUUAAAAACACGGUUAGAAGAAGAAAGAAAAAAGCUCAAUGAUGUAGCUUUGUCUAAAGUUGCAGAGAGAUUAGAACCGAUUCAAACUCUGAAUAUUAAACCUCGUAGAGUUUUGAAAGGCCACCAAGGAAAAGUCCUUUGUUCUGAUUGGUCUUUAGACAAAGAUGGCAAAAUGAUUAUAUGGGAUGCUUUUACUACUAAUAAGGAGCAUGCAAUUACAAUGCCUACUACUUGGGUUAUGGCGUGUGCCUAUGCCCCAUCUGGAAAUAUGGUUGCCUGUGGAGGACUAGACAAUAAAAUCACUGUGUAUCCACUCAGUUUUGAAGAUGACGUAUCUACAAAAAAGAAAGCUGUUGGAACACAUACAAGCUAUAUGUCUUGUUGCCUUUUUCCCAAUUCUGACCAGCAAGUAAGUACCAUUAUUACUGUUUUUUUCUUCUUUUUAAUUGUGUCUGGUUGUGAUAGGCAAGCAUUAGUGUGGGAUAUGAGAACUGGCCAUUGUGUACAACAGUUUGAAGGCCAUGAAUCAGAUAUCAACUCAGUAAAGUUCUAUCCUAGUGGGGAUGCCAUUGCAACUGGUUCUGAUGAUGCUACUUGUCGCUUGUUCGAUUUACGAGCUGAUCGUGAAGUUGCUGUUUAUUCUAAGCAAAGUAUUAUUUUUGGAGUAAAUUCAGUUGAUUUUUCUGUCAGUGGUCGCUUGUUGUUUGCUGGUUACAAUGACUAUACUGUCAAUGUUUGGGAUAGUUUAAAAUGUGUCCGUCUUAGUAUUCUAUAUGGGCAUGAAAAUAGAGUUACUUGUCUAAAAGUGUCCCCUGAUGGUACUGCGCUCUCAACUGGCAGUUGGGAUUUCACGUUAAGGGUCUGGGCCUAAGAGCUUGCCAUUCUUUACCUGAGGUUUAAAAUUAAUAUUUCUACAGCAAAGUGUUAUCUUGUUGAGAGUUGUCUUUCUCUGUCAACAUGUUUAUGUCAUGAAAAAUGAUCCUGGUGAAUCUUUACAAAGUUGCUCACGAAUUUUGGGGGCAAAGAAAUCUUAGCAGUCUUCUUGAUGUUCUUGUGGGGGGAAACUGAAGACUUACCCUUAGUCCAUAAUUCUAGUCAUUUUUUUAAAAAUAAAUAUGAAACUUAGUGUCUUAUUAAGUUACCAACCAAUGCUAAUGUUUAUAUGCAUGCAUUUAACACAAAAGAAACAUUUUUAUGGUAUAGGACAGAUAUGAAAACAUUUUUUUUAAAGGAUAGAAGCUUUUUCAGGACAAAUCACUACAUAUUAUUUAUUUCUGGUUAUUUGGCAAAAAAUAUUUUAUAAUUAGUUGUUUACUUUUUCUUUCAUAAGACUUGAAAUCCAGAUGUUAUUUAUACAAAUAGAUUUAUGUUUCUAUGUUUAGGCUGAUAUUUAUUUAUUCUGAUAUUCUACUUUUAAUGCAAUCAGUUUAAUUUAAAAUAAUAUAUCCAAUUACUUUUAAUAUGGUUGACAUAGUUUGAGCUGUCAAAAUGUAGUGCUUAUUGUCGGGACUAGGACUUAGCGAUAUUAAGAUUUUGACAUCGCGCUAUAUUGUCACAUCGUGAUGUUUUAUUGCUUUAAUGUUUUACAUUUAGUAUUGCAUAAUUUCAAAUUCUUGCAUUUUUUGAUUAAUUAUCAACAAUAAAUUGUGUACUUUUUUUAAAAGCAGAACAACUAUACGCAGUAGGGAAGGGGGAGUGUAGCUGAAAUUAGUCUGCCAUGGCUUAUGUCAGUAAAUAAGUAAUUAUAAAUAUAAAAUAAAAAUUAAGACCCACACUGAGCCAGCAUUUAUAAAGCUCUUCUUGACCAAAAAAAAACCAACUUUGCUGAUGGAUUGAAGAAUAUUGAGAGAUCCGAGUUACCUCCAUCUUAAAUUUAUUUCAGUAUUGUAAAUUUUUAUUUUAAAAAAAGGAAUGCGUUUAAAAAUAAAAUGGAUCAUUGAAUAAAAAUAAAAUCUUAAAAAUUCGGAUUUCGUAAGUUACUUCUUUUAAUUAACAUUGCAUUUUUAAUAUUUUCUAAUAAGAAUUAUUUCUCUAUAAUUAAAGACAUGGAUGCCAUUGCAAAAUAGUGGUUAAAAAAAUUUAUUGUAAAAAAAUCGUCAUCAGAGGAUUCGCACAGUUAAAAGAAAUCAGGUUUCCAUAACUAAGAGAUUCAACAACUUUUUGAUUGUCAAUCACUUCAUCAUGUCAGGAAAAGGAUAAAUCGCUAUAAAAUAAACAUGGGGAAAGAUAAUGAUCAUAACCACAGCUAUCUCACUUACAAUCUGAAGAAAAUAAUCAUUCAUUAGGAGAAUGGUUCUUCGUGCGCACUUGAAGCUAUCUAUAUGCUAUCAGGAGCAGUGCUCUUCAUCGGGAAGCAUCAUGCACAUCACAGUAAAUCAUAUUUUCUAAUGCUUCCAAAAAUUGACAAUCCAAACUUUGGAUCAGCGAUAAUUGCAUAACAACGAUAUUUUUCGAUGUAUCGCCCAAUCCUAAUCCGGACUAAUGCACAGUUUAGGCAAUGUUAUCAAUGAGAAGAUAAGCGCAGUGGUUGGAAAGAUGUUGGUUGUAUCUUAAGGAGGCAAAUCAGGUUAGAAUGCAUUUCCAUGUGCUAUUCAAAAGUGAAGCAAAAUUGAGAUUCUUUUAUUAAUUUUAGCAAGAUUGCCUUAUGCGGGUUUUUUUUUUCCAAAUCAGUUGCAUUUUUUUUUUUCUAAUUUAAUGCGCAUUAAUAAUUCCUGUAAUGGCUUUGUAGUAAUAGCAGUUAAAAUUUCUCUAUCCUUUAAAAAAAAACUUCAAAUUUUUCUACUUGGAACUCUUACUAAAACAAAUUGAUGUUAUUUAAAUUAAUCAAAGCUAUUUUUCCUCAUCAGUACUCUUUGAUGGAGGACUUAUUCUGUUUUAAUGCUUAAAUGUAAAAUUAUAUAGAUAAAAAAAGAAAAAUCUUAUUUGUUGUUGAAAGUUUGACCUCAAAAACUACCUAUAUUCUCUUUAUUUGAUAAUAAUAAUGUUUGUGUAUGGCUAAACUUAUUUUGACAUUUUUAUUAAAUUUAACAUAAUGUCUGCGAAUUUGUUACUGAUUGGUUACAUGUGUUGCAAACAUUCUUUGCAGGAAUUUGAACACUCAGUAUAUUUGUGCUUAUAGACAUUAUACUAUAAGUUUAUUACAUUAUUACUUUCCUAAUUUUCGACCUGUGCUCAAAUUGCAAGAAAAAUUUAAAUUUAUUUGCAUACAAUGUGUUAAAUUACUCAUUUAAACUUCAUGUAAAAUCGUGUUAUUAAAUAUUUAUUGUAAAUUUGUUUAACAUUGGUAAAAUAAACUAGUCAAUUUUUCUUUAUGACAAUCUAAAUAUUUAUAUAAUAUAUAUAUAUAUUUAUAUAUAUAUAUUGCCUGUGUGAUUCUGUGAUAAAAAUUUGUUGCUUAACUGUACUCUAAUAAGAUAAAAUAUUCCAAAAUUGAUUGCCAUUGUCAUUGAAUCUCUAGUAAACAUUCUUUCCCCUCUAUUCAUUUCAAUUGCUCAUUUUUUCAUUCUGUACUUGGCAUGAUUUUCAUUAAAUUUCUGAGAUAUACCUUUUUUUUAAACUAAUAUUAAUCUUAUUCUUAAAGUAUCUAAUAUUAUUUCUAAAUUGUUAUAGUGUUUAAAAAAUACUUUAGGUGUAAAAUAGAUUAUGACAGGUAUCAUAAUUUUAAAAUGUUUUACUUUUGAUGUAAGGUAGUUGUCUUUCUUUAUUUGCUCUUAAAACUAUAAAAUUGAUCUUAAUAAAUAUUUAAUGGACUGGGUUUUUUUUCCUCUUCAGAUUCCAUUCCAUUUUAAAAGAUUUCCCUAUUAUCUUCAUAAAUAUGGUACUUACUUUUCCAUAGUUAUGAAAUUGUUAUAAGUAUUACGUAACAAGUAAAAGUGCUAUGCAAUUUCAUAAAAAGUUUAUCAAAAAUAGAAAAUCAUAAAUUAACAUGGCUCUUCUUUAACUGCCCGUUUUUUAUUGCUAUUCUUUUAAUUUUUCCAUUUAUAUAUCAAAUGGAAUAUUAUGGUUUUAAUUAUGUUAUGGAUAAUUUUAUUUAUUGAAUAUUUAUUGUUUAUUUAAUGAAUUGCCAUUUCUCUGCAUACCAUAGAAUUAUGUUUUAUUAUAUUAUGCGCUUUUAAUUAUCAUAUUGCACGAAAUUUAAUAUAUUAAUUCCCAUUGCUUCAUGUUCAUGUUGUUUUUAGAGUGUUCAUUUACAAAUUGUGAAGUUGAUAUUUUUGAAUAAUACAUUGAUUGUUUUGUUAUCUUUAUGUUUCAGUUGUUUUGUAUGUUACUUGCUAUGUGCAUUUUAUCCAAUAACAAUUUUUGAACUUUUUUUCCUUUUGAGAUAGAUCAAAAUUUUUCCCCUCUCUUAUGAACGGGGGGAAAAAUAGGUUGAGCAAUAUUAUGCAGUUGUUUGCAUUUCGGUGUUCAUAUAUUAUGCAAUUGUAAGCAAUGUAUUACAUUAUCAAUUAUUUUUUUGAAUUUCAAAGGUAUUUUUAUCUGGAUUGAUUUUUUAAAAUAUACUUCCUGUAUAUUUGCAUUUAUGAAAUAUUUAAAUAUGCAAUAUACAACUUAAAGAUUUUUUACUUUUUCUAGAAAUUUAUAGUUUGAUAUUCUGUCCUUGAUGUUUAAUAUUAUUAUAAUGAUAAAAACUAAUCUGUGUAGAGUAAAAAAAAAAAAAAGUUUAUUACCUAUAAAUUUUUUUGUGGAUUAUUUUAUGAUGUGUAUUCAGGUAUACCAACUUCUACAGGAUAUUUUUAUGAAAUUAAGAUACAUUAAUUGAAAUACUCUAUGAAAGUGAGUACUUUUAUUUUAUAAGCAUUUCUGUAUUUUUGAAACUUACGUUGCAAUUCUGAGAUUACUCUUCAUAUCAUUCAUUCUUAAAAAUGAUAAAAAUUUCUAAACUCUAUUUUUUUUUAAUGUGAUUUUGAUGGUUUUUAUGUUAGAAAGUCAAAUAAACACUUUUAUUUUAGUAUUCAGUUCUUUCAAAAUUGGUUUAUGUUUAAUUGAAAAUCAUGUUUUCUCUUAGAUAAAUACAAAAAUAAUACUUUUUUUAAUCAUAAAUAUUUAAGAAAAUUUUUUUUUAUAUAAUUUCAUUCAUAUUUUAACACUUUAUAAAAAAAAUACUUAUAUUUAAACACUUUAUAGAAAAAUAAAAGUUUAUUUUUAAUGACAAUGAUACCACUAAUAAACUUGGUAACUUUAAAAACCUACAGAAAAAUAUUGCUAGAAGUUGAUAUUCUUGUAGGACACUUAAAGUAACAAAUGAUGACUAGUUUUUGGAAUAUUCAUAAUUGUUAUUGUUGUGUUUUAAUUACUUGUUUAGCAAUAUAUAUAUAUAAAAAAUAACUAUAUUGCAAUCAAAAUUUUUUCUGUAUUCAUGUAAUGUGCAUUUUUACUGAAAUUAAAAUAAAUAAACUUAUACUUCAGAGCUCCUAUAAAGGUCAUUCUAACAUAAUGGUAAAGUUUAUGUCCACAGUCAAAAAUUGCCAAUUAUACUAAGUAAGCCAUUUAGGCCAACAGUUCUUAUCUAAAAGCUGUAAAAUGUAAGACUUGUCCUAAACUUUAUUAUUUAAUUAUUUUGAACACGAAACUGAAAGUCAUGUGCUGAGGCAAUUAGAUCAAUUAAAGAAAUUCCUAUUUCUUUAUGUUAUUAUUUUUAGCUGUUCCUAGUGAUUUUACAUUAAAAAGCUAAUUAGUUAUUAUACUAAACAAGUUUAAUAUUAAGAUUAACUCUAUCCAGUUUAAAUGAAGAUUCCAUACAAAUAAAGCUUAACUAUAUUCAGUGUUAUUAUUCACCAAAAAAUAAUAAUUGAUUAUUGAUGGAGCCCAACACAUGAUAGUCUAGAUUUACCACAAUCAAAAGAUUCAGUGAUUAAUUUUGCUUGAGCUUAAUAAUUCUUGAAAACUAUGCAAUAAUAUAAAUUCGGUUUUUGAGUAAGCAUAGCUGUAAACUUGCAAACAUCAUUAAUGAUAUAUUUUAAAUAAAUGGAGGAAAAAGCAUCUGCAGUUUAAAAACAAGGUGCAAUGUUAAACUUUUGCAUAAGAAUCAUUUUUCAAACAAUAUUCCCAAAAGAACCAAUUGAUUUUUUUAGGAUUAAGGGGUUAAUAAUUUUCCUUGAACCCAAUGUACGAAUUUCAGAAUGCUCACUCAAACCAUUCUGGAAUUAUAAAAAAGACACUCAGACAAACUCAUCGCAUAUCUUGGUUGGUGCUGAUACCAUUUGCCACAUGGACAAGCCUGCUUGGUGAAACCGAGCAAAUUUAAGGCAGAGUGUGCUAUUCUUGUUUUUCAGUGGCGCCAUCUAUGGUCAAGAAUUCAACUUCUGCCACACAUGUUUAUAAGGCAGACCCAUUGAUUCAUCCACAGAUCGUAAUUUUGACCUGAAUCAGAGAACGAUCGAUCUCCAAUCCAGUACCCCCAGAGGUUUUGUAUUGUUAUGGGAACAUGGAGGGCUUUGUGUCUCGACAGAAUUUUUACGUGCAUCAGUCACCAACUACAGGGUGAGUCUCCGGCCGGCGGGGUUUGAACCCACAAACUCUCGGUCAUGGGCCCAGCUUCCUAACGACCAGGCUAUCCCGGCCUAAUUCUUUUGUAAUAGAUACAUAUGUAAUAAGUUUAAACUUGCUGAAUAAGGUAUAAAGAUUUUUAGGACUCUAUUUUACAAAAAAUAUUGAACCAGCUUUCAUUUGUUACAAUUAAAAUUGAAAUAUGCUUAACAUUAAAAUGCCAUUACCAAAGUGUUUUGAAAGUAUUUUAAUGAUAUCCAAGGACGUAGUAAUAACUGCAUCAGACAUUUUUACUUCAGUUUUGAAGUAGCAGUAGCUUAAAAGCAAAGUUUUGAUAAAUACUGUUAUUACACUGAAGAAACAACGAAAAGUGAAACUAAAAUUAUUAAUUAAAGAAAACAAUCUUUGUUGAUAAAUUUUUUUAUGAUAGCAGACAUAGAUACUUGUGUUAGCAGACAAAAUCAGGAAUUAAAAUAUAAAGAAAAAUUUCAUAUUUAUUAUCUAUUUACCAUUGUGUGCGAAUGACCUAUAAACCAUUAAAUUGUAUGUUCAUUGUACAAUAAUUUCUUAGAGCUUUUUUGUUAGUGAUUUUGAUGAAUACCACAAAAAAAGAAGAAAAAAUUAUUCUUUAUAAUUAGAUCUCAUUGUAAAUAGAUUUAGGAUGUAUGUGUAUAAUGUAAGAAAAAAAUAUCUGUUUUAAAUUAAUAAUUGUAUAGAUUAUAUUUCACUUUGUUACAAUUAGUUACUUCAAUGUGGACCAUGCUGUUUAGACAGUUGUAAUAAGUUGUAUAUAAGACUGUUGAGAGAGUUAUAUGGAAUAAAACAUUUUCUUAGUCAUUGUUUAAUAA